AUGUGGAUUGCCCGUAAUAAUUUGAAAGUGCUGAGCAGGGCCAGGAUCCCGGUGUGGAGAGCGUACAGAUUCGCCAGCACAGCUGCGAGCGAGGCCGAUGAGGAAGCCUUGGAGUUCCAGGAGUUGAAUCCUUUGCUCUUGAAAAGAGUUAGCGGUGUCUCGAAGGAGCUCGCUGAGCUAGAGAAACAGAUAAGUAACGGGUACGACGAAGAUGUGCAGAGGAAAUACAACUCGCUUAUGUCAUUACAAGACGUGUAUGAUCGGUACAAGGAACAGCUCGGGAAUUACAGAGAGCUCAAGGAGAUGAUCGAUGUGGACAAGAGUCUUGCUGAGGAGGCUGCUGCUGAACUCCACGAGCUGGUACCGAACCUAAAGAAGACCACACAGGACCUGCUGCAUAGGCUCAUCCCACCUCAUCCUUUCGCGGAGAAGGCGUGCAUGUUGGAACUGCGACCCGGUGUGGGUGGAAGUGAGGCCAUGAUAUUUGCAAAAGAUUUGCUGAACAUGUAUAUAGGCUACGCGCAUAACAAGAAAUGGAAGCAUCACAUAGUUUCAAUCAGGGAAAACGAGGCAGGAAGUGGUAUUAUGGAUGCUGUACUGGCAAUAGAUGAACCUGGUACAUAUAAUAUCCUCAAAUAUGAAGCCGGAGUGCAUAGAGUACAGCGUAUACCUGCCACUGAAAGUAAAGGAAGAACCCAUACCUCAACAGCAGCUGUUGUGGUAUUGCCACAAUUGGGCGAUGAAGGCAAAGACCUCGAUGCAUUUGAGAGGUCGUUCAAGCCAGAAGAGAUAAGAAUUGAUGUGAAAAGGGCUAGUGGGAAAGGUGGACAACACGUUAAUACAACCGAAUCAGCUGUUAGGCUGACUCACAUUCCUACCGGCAUAAUGAUUCAUAUGCAAGACGAAAGGUCCCAGCAUAGAAACAAGGCGAAAGCCUUUUCCAUUUUAAGAUCGAAACUAGCUGAACUUGAACAACAGCAAAAAGCAGAAAAGGAAAGACAGGUGAGGAAAGAGCAAGUCACAACCAUGGACCGGUCCGACAAAAUUAGAACUUACAAUUUUUCGCAGAACAGAAUAACAGACCAUAGAUGUGGAUUGAAUCUUUAUGACCUUGAAGGCGUUAUAUCUGGGGAAAGGCUGGAUGAUGUGAUCAACGCUGUCAGGUCAUUUGACGAUAAUAUACAAGCAGAAAGCAUUAUUGAAACCAAUCAAUCUUAA